AUGUUUCCGAACUCGCCUCAAGACAUCGAGCUGGAUACCUUUGCCUACGAGAGCUCCCCAAAUUGGCAGUGGUACCGUGAGGUGGCUGCCACUGCCGACGUGGGCAGCAUGCUCUUUGCAUGGGCUUCCCGCGACUGCCACUGGGGCGCCCUGACCGCGGCACAGCACGCCCUCGACGACACCAACUGUGCACGGAUGAGCCGAGGCGAUGAGCAGACUCUGCUGGAGAAGAAGGGGAAGCUGCAAGCUGCAUAUGACGACUGCCUCGACACGUGGUGUUUGCUCGAGUGGCGCCGAGCGCAACAAGUAACAUUCUUUCGUCGCUGCCAUUCACGUGCCCCUCACCCUACCCACCAGGCAUCAGGCAGGGAGCGUCGUGCCGUGUGGUCUGACAAUCAGGCUGUGGGUGAGGUGGCAAGGCUCCGCAUAGGCGCCAAGAUCCGGCUCUGCACGGAAUUGACAACGCCGGCGAGAAACGCGUACAGUUAUGUGUAG